ACCGGUUGUUAUUGUUGGUGUUAUCGGCUCGGUUAGAUCGUUUUCGAGGCAUCGCGACUUGACGAAGGUGCAUUAUUAUUACUACAAAAACGAGUUUUCCAUUUGACAUUUCCAAGAAAAAGAGUGAAGAACUGUGCAACGAAAGAAGACAACGAUGGCCAACAUCAACUGGAUGGGUUGGUUGCUAAUGGUUUUACUCGUUGGCAACGAUAAAACUGUGCCCGUCUCUUGUAUCUACGUCGACGAGCCGUUACUUUACGACACGUUCCCACCCAAUUUUGUCUGGGCCUCGGCUACGAGCGCCCACCAGAUCGAAGGCGCUUGGAACGUUGAUGGCAAAGGUCCUAGCAUUUGGGAUACUUACACAUCUCAGCCGGGCAUUGUUGCAGAGGGAGCGACCGGUCAGACGGCCUGCAACAGUUAUUAUUUCUAUCAGAAAGACGUGGACGCCCUCAAGAGUUUGAAUGUGAGUCACUAUAGGUUCUCCAUUUCUUGGCCGCGGGUUUUGCCCGAUGGAAUCGGUCGGAUCAACCAACCGGGAGUCGACUACUACAAGAAUCUGAUUGCAGCGCUUAAAGUGGCAAACAUCCAGCCCAUGGUAACCUUGUACCACUGGGAUUUACCGCAAGCCCUCGAGGAUAUGGGAGGAUGGUUGAACUCUAGCGUGGCCGACUGGUUCGAAGAAUACGCCCGUCUCUGUUUUACCCAAUUCGGCGAUGACGUAAAAAUAUGGGUCACCCUGAACGAACCUUGGAUUACUGCAUGGCAAGGCUAUGGACUCGGAGUCAGCGCACCUGCCAAAUAUGGACCUGGAACGUAUACUUAUCAGGCCGGCCACAACCUGAUCCUUGCCCACGCCAAAGUCUACCGACUUUACGAAUCUUCCUUCAAACCCUUUCAACAAGGUAAAACAAAAUUUAUUGGAAUCGCCCUCAAUAUUAAUUGGUACUCGCCCGCCACCGACCUGACGGCCGACGCGGAUGCGGCUGAAAGGGCACUCCAAUUUAUGGGUGGAUGGUUCGCAAACCCGAUUUUUGGUAGCGGAGAUUAUCCGUCAAUAAUGAAACAAAAGAUUGGAGAGAAGAGCGCACUGCAAGGAUUCAAUCAAUCGAGAUUGCCGGAAUUCACGCAAGAGCAAAAGAUUUUCGUUCAGGGUAGCGCAGAUUUCUUGGGCAUCAAUCAUUACACAAGUUUCUUGACAGAGGACAAACCUAGUGACAUAAACGACAUCAGUUACGAAGCCGAUCAAGACCUUUACGCGUAUUACGAUCCGUCUUGGUACGGAUCGGGAUCGCCGUGGUUGAAAAUCACGCCGUUCGGAUUGCGUAACCUGCUCGUUUGGUUAAGAGACAGGUUCAACGAUCCGGAGAUGAUCAUCACGGAGAACGGAUGCAGCGACACGGCCGGCAAUUUAGACGACAUGCUGAGAAUUUAUUAUUUUAAACACUACAUUAAUAACGUCCUCAAAGCCAUUAAAAACGAUGGAGUUAAAGUCACUGGAUACACGGCCUGGUCGCUCAUGGAUAACUUUGAAUGGCGCGCUGGAUACAACGAAAAAUUCGGACUUUUCAAUGUGAAUUUUACGUCACCUGAGCUCCCAAGGACUGCCAAAGCUUCCGCAAGCUACUACGCGCAAAUCAUCCGCGACAAUGGAUUCCGAACGGAUCAACCGUGCAAUAAUUAUCCGAUUUCUUAGAAAAUGCGCCAAAUUUGAACCGCAUCACUUGAAUGUCGAAUAUCGAAUUCACAAUUCAAGAAAAUACAUCGACAGUUUCAAAAACAUGUUUUGGCUGAAACUCAAUUCUCGUAAAUGGUUCGCAUUCGCUACGGCAAUUGAGAUCGAAAUGGCAAGUGCUUUCUGCGCAUCGCUAGUUCAAUCGAUGACGUCAUUUCUUUUUUUUUUUCCGGUUGCAUUUGUGCUCGACAAUCGCCAAAUUACAGUGACGAAUUACAGUGACAGAGACAUAAAUAAGCUGUGGCGCAACCUCACGCUGAUCCCAACACGUUUGCGAAUCAACAUCGAUUAAAGUUUACAUAAAAUUUUUAAAUUGGUCCAGAAAUAGGGCGCAAAUGUUGACCUUCAUCAGUUUGCUUGCAACGUACUUGCGGGGAAAUAAACAAACAAACACAACAUCGUUUAAAAGAGGAAGUACCCGAACACCCUCGACCGCAAAUUUUUGCAUGUUUGAAGAACCCAAUUUACAUGACCAGACCCCACCCCCCUUUUUUUCUCUCCUCACAUCCCACGCAACAUAUGGUCAACCCGUGACGUCAAUGUGGUAAUUUAAGACGACUAUAAAUUGCAGACGAUAUUUUUGCAAUGAAGUCAAUCUAUUUUCGCAUCCUGUCAUUUCAGAGACACAUUUUAAAAAGGAAAAAAAAAACCUUUACCAUCGCAAACUGCAAAAAUGGCCACUUUCUCGCUAAAACGCAUCGUCCUUAUUGCCCUGAUUGCCAUUAGCUUGGAAACAUCACACGUAUCCGGUGGUUCUUUCGGUCCCUGUGGCGGACAGAGGCUUGACACGCUGGCCAGCAAACAGUACAUGUCAGCCAGUCAAUGCGUUUCUAUGGGAGGCACCUGCUGCGCCAUGGACAGCGUUCGUGACCACAUCAAUGAGGAUCCUAGAAUCAUGAGCGCAACCGACAGAUGCUUCAGUUGCUACAACAGCAACGUCGUCGUUAAAUGUACGGGAAGUCUAAUCCGAUCUAAACCGGCGCGCGAGGCCGAUUGGUGGGUGACUGCCGCUAAAUGCAAUCAAGUCGGCGGCAGUUGUUGCCAAAAAUCAGCCACUUACGCAUUCAGCCCGCAAUUUAUGACGACUGACCCGGAUUGCAUCAACUGCUAUUCCGGACAAGUGGCUCUCCCGUGCGGAGGAAGUCUGUUGGCUUCCAACGAUUACACAGCAAAGACGUGCACCACCUUUGGAGGAUCUUGCUGCGACGAAUAUCCUACUGGUGGUGAUGCCUUCAAUGCUAGAACAUUCCCUAACCCGGAAUCGCUGUCGUGUCUCUAUUGCUACAGUGGAUUGCCCGCAAUCUACGGUUAACGUUAAACGAUCCCAUUCUACUGACACGGCGCAUUGUUCCAAAAAUUGAACGAUCGAUGAACAUGUUUAAUCAUUAAGCAGCAUUAAACGAAAGUCUGAAAUAUACAUAUCAGAGCUCUUA